AUGAAGUGUUUCGGAUUAAAAACGCAUAAAUACAGUAAGGAAUCAAGAUCUGGUGGUUGUGUUUCCAAGAUGGCCGCCCUGUACGUUUUUGGAUUACUCCUCAUUAUUGGUGUCGCUCAGUGCGAGCCAAUCGAACCUGAGAUCGCAUACAUCGAAGACUCUCUUCGAGGAUCUAGAAUCGUGAGCGGCUGGGAGGCUGUGAAUGGACAGUUUCCUUACACCGUCAGCAUUCGUAUGGUUGGGCCCACAGGAGGUGUAGGCGCAUGUACCGGUUCUAUACUGACCAAUGAAUGGAUCCUCACUGCUGCUCACUGUCUGGCCAGGCGUUUCACAUUCGUAGUCCGGCUAGGCCAGGUGGACAUCACAACCCCAGGGUAUAUGGUGGAAUCCACAGAGUGGUACGUCCACGAGGGUUACAUCCAGGAGGAAACUGCAGUGCAGACUGAUGAUAUUGGAGUGCUGAAGCUGGACCGCUACAUACCUUAUGGAGACUACAUCCAGCCAAUCAGGAUACAGAGCAGUCAGCGUAACCUGGAGGAGUACACCCUCCUGCAGCUGACACAGAGCGGGUAUGGACGCACUGAUGACUGGUGGGCCGGUGGUAUCGUUCCUGACAUCCUGUACUGGACCUACCAGCGCGGGCUCUCCAUGCUGGUCUGCCGCUCCUGGUACCCUCACAGCCAGGUCAUCGAUGAUCGGAAGACUAUCUGCGCGCAGUUCUUCAAUGACACCAGCCAGAACCCUUGCACGGGUGACAGUGGCGGUGCUCUAACAUUGGUAGAUGUUGACGGCAAGCUCACACAGAUCGGAAUCAUGAGCUUCGGAUCCUCUCGUGGAUGCAACACACACAACCCGUCAGGUUACGUCCGUCCGGAGUACUACCACGACUGGCUGGAGAAGACGACCGGCAUCAACUUCGACUGGAACGUUGAGGACCUGGAGAUCGCGCCUGAUGGCGACCACGGGAGCGGACAAAUAAAAUUUAUUGAUAAUUAA